UUUUCUUAUCUAUUAUUUAUAAAUUAUGAGCACUUUCAGUGGCACACCCGCUGGCAGUGGAUAUGUGGUAAGACCAGCUGGUAACCAGUUUGAGAAGCCAUACGGAACGGUUGGCAGAAGAAUGCAGGUGGUUUCCAACUAUGUCGAGGUUUCGAGAUACCCAAAAGGCGAGAUCUACCAGUACGAUGUUGAGCUGAAGCCGGAGCGUGGUGCAUUUACACGUCUGCCGCCGCCUGCCUACACGCGUGCCAUCUUUGAACAGGCAAUGCGCAUGCAUCGGAAUAACACGCUGAAGGGUAUCCCGAUGGUGUACGACGCGCGCAAGGUUGCAUACGCGCCCAAGCAGGUGUGCGAGCGUGGACAGACGCUUACGCUUGAUGUGACGCACAUUGAGGAUGGGCGCUCUGAGAAGUUUGCCAUUGAAAUCCGUCAGUCAGCUGUCAUUAGCGCCAAUCUUCUGACCGAGUUUAUGCGCGGAUCUAAAGGCGUCGAGUUUGCUGACAUUCAACCCAUCCUGAAUGCUUUUGAUCUCACGAUCGGGUCAGUGAUCCACGCCGAGAUGGUCGGCUUUGGACGGUCGUUUUUUACCCGCUCGCAGUUGAAGGCCACAUCAGGUGGGCUGGAGCUAUGGCGCGGGUUCUCGUUCAGUUUUCGCCCCGGAGCUGGCCGCCUGUACCUCAACGUCAACACGGCAGUGACAGCCAUGUACACGCCAGGGUCGCUGCUGGAUGCACUGGCAAAUCUGUUAGAAUUGCGCGACAUUAACCAGCUGCGCGGCGCGAUUACGCCAAACAAGGUGGGUGUAAUCGGCAAUUACCUGCGCGGUGUGUCGCUGUACAUUCGUCACCGCGGCAUGCAGGGUAGGCGCAAGCUGACCAGCAAGGGCAUGACGAGACAGCCCUUGGACCAGGAGUCGUUUGACUGGGAGGAUCCCAAUAAUCCUGGGGUUUUGGAGAAUAUCACAAUUUCCAAGUACUACAGCAAACGGUACAACAUUAUGCUGCGCUACCCAUUUUUGCCCGGGCUGGUUGGCCGCAAGAAUUCUGUGUUCCCCAUCGAGCUGUGCGAGAUUGCUGACAACCAGCGCUACCGCGGCAAGCUCAACGAAAAGCAGACUGCUGACAUGGUGACAUUUGCGUGUCAGCGCCCGAGCAACAACAUGGAUCAGAUUGCUCAAGUCUUGGGCAAACUUGACCUUGGCAACUCGCCAGUGGUUAAGUCGUUUGGCCUCGCAAUGCCCAACGUACUGUCGCGCGUCGAGUCGCGCGUGUUGCCUGCGCCCACGCUCACGUAUGGCGAAGCAUCGCGCCCUCCGCAGGUGACGCCUGUCGGCGGCGCGUGGAACAUGCGCGACAAGUCUGUACUGACCGGCGGCACGCCGCUGAAAUACUGGGGCGUGUUGAUCCUUGCCAACCGCAACAUGGUACCCGUGAAUAUGGUGCAGACCUUUGUUACCACGCUGGUUGACAUCUGCAACCGGACUGGCUACCAGGUACAGGAGGCGCGGCCUGUCAUUAUGUACGGAAACCCAAAUUCCGACAUUGCCGGUGAGAUGAGAAACAUUUUCAAAAGCAUUAAGCUGCCGCCGCAGCAGCUGCCGCAGCUUCUGCUUGUCGUGCUUCCAACUACCAACACGCAAGUGUACCAGACUGUCAAGAACUGUGCCUACACCACGCUUGGCAUCCACACCCAGUGCAUGCAGGCCAAGCAUAUGCAGCGCCCC